AUGCAGGAUCUUUCACCAGGUCAAUCUCCUAUAGAUUGGUAUACAAGGAUGAAAAUAGCAUUAGAUGCAGCAAAAGGUUUAGAAUAUUUACACGAUAAAGCCAAUCCACCAGUCAUUUACAGAGACUUGAAAUCCUCAAACAUAUUGCUAGAUAAAGAUUACAAUGCAAAACUCUCAGAUUUUGGAUUAGCAAAACUUGGACCUGUGGGUGAUAAUACACAUGUUUCUUCUAGAGUUAUUGGAACUUAUGGUUAUUGUGCUCCAGAAUACCAAAGGACAGGUCAAUUAACUGUUAAAUCUGAUGUUUAUAGUUUUGGUGUUGUUUUAUUGGAGUUAAUUACUGGAAAAAGAGCAGUUGAUAUUACAAAGGAUGGCCAUGAGCAGAAUUUAGUUACUUGGGCGGAACCCAUAUUAAAAGACACAAGUAGAUACAUAGAACUAGCUGAUCCACUUCUUGAAGAUGACUUCCCAAAGAAAAAUUUCAAUCAAGCAGUUGCUGUUGCUGCUAUGUGUUUACAAGAUGAUGCAGCAGUUCGUCCAUUGAUUAGUGAUGUUGUCACUGCUCUUAGUUUUCUUGGUGAAGAACCCUACAAUGUUAUUGGAUUUAUUGGUUCAUCGCCAAUAAAUUACAACACUACUACUUCUCAAAAAUCACAAGUUCCAAUUGAUGAAAAUCAUAAAGAAGAAGAAGAAAUAUCUGUGGUAGAAAGACAAAGAGCUGUUGCUGAAGCAAUAGAAUGGGGUUCAAAUUCAAGAAACACAAUGCAGGAUCACUAGCUUCUUAUUGUGUUUGUAAAUUUGAUAUCUAAUUAGGCUUUUAUCUGUAUUUCAGUCGUCCAGAUAUAUCACUCUCACUUGUGGGAUCGCACUGAAUAUGUCGUUAUUGUUGGUGUUAUUGUUGGUCGUCCAGAGAAAUCAUGAGGAGAGGACGACGAUCUAGAGUAGGUUCUGUGAAUCAAAUUGAACAGGUUGCUUUUGCUCGUAUUAUGUAUAAAUA